AUUAACCAAUGACCGAGAAGAUGAUAGUUACCUUGGUUACCUAUUUUGCCAACCCAUACAUUGUGCAGAAGGGAGAGCACAAGGUACUGCAGUGGAUGAAAAGAAAGCACCACAAUGAUGAGUGGAAAGGAUCCACAAACGUUCAUAACAAGCUUUAAAGCAGAAGAUGUUGAAAAACUGACAGUGCGAAUGAAAAAUGGUCUUGGCAGCUCAAAGUACAGACCGGCUGAAUAUAAAAGACUGCUAGCCAUUGUUGAUGCCAAACGCCAGGAGACUGAGCUAAUUGGACAAAAGGUUCACAAGACUCGCUGUGCAGCCAAGGCAACCAAGGAGAGCUCCAUAUUAUGCCAGCACAGACAGGUGUGGAGCACGGAGUGCCUCAGGCUGCAAAAGGCUGAGGAGAAGACUGAGAAUGAUAUCCAAGAUUUUAUAAAGCAGAUCAGGCCAAACAAUAUAAUGGACAGUGCAGUCUUCUCUAUUCAAGAAUAUGAGCUCUAUCUUGAGAGGGAAAGGGAGACAUUCAGGAUGAACACAGUGGAGCCUGUUUAUCAGCUCAGGGAUGACCUGCGCUUCAGACUGGGUGAAGUACAACAUCAGCAACCCUCUGCACAUCCAUCAAACUGGGAACAAGUGAUACAACAGAUAAACUUUGUGAAAGCACAACAAGAUGACAUUAUUGCAAAACUUGAUGCAGAGGAUCUGGACCUGGAGGAAGAGAUUGUGAGCCUCGGUCUGGAGAAAUAUCUCACUAGUACUUCAGACAAUUUGGUGAACAUUCCAAAAGAGGUUUUGAGUUCAGGCUGCCCUUAUCCAGAGCUGAAGGACUCCCUGAUCGAAGCCUUCCACUUCCUAUCAGAAAGGUACCAGAGCAGGCUGCGAAGUCUCCAAGAACAACUGCAAAGGACCGACAGGUUCUGUGGCUGGUGUCAACAGGAUCAUGAACACUUCCAGUUCACAGUAUCUAGGUACACUUAUGACAUUCCCAACCACAGAGCGCUCUGCAUGGAUAUGUUGUUGAGACUGUUCCCUGAGAAAAGUAGACAAGAGCUGCUGGAGCAUGAAGGUGUAUGGGACUUGAAGCGCUUCACCCAGGCGCAGCUAAGAGCAGUUACCCAGCAGUGGCAGCGAGACCAUGAAGGGCUGCUGGCCCGAGCCCAGGUCACGCUGCAGGAGGCAAAUCAUGCCCACCAGGAGGAGCUGGAGCUACACAGAGACCGCCAGCACCAGCAGGACAUUUGCUUGCAUCUCAGAGAAAAAGUGCAGCAGUGGCGGGCCCAGCAGGAGGAGGUAGCAAAGCUGGAGGCAGCGAUAGCAGCCAGACAACAAGAGGAAGAAGAGGCGAGGCUGAAGAGGGAGAGGGAGAAGGAGGCGGCCAUCAGGUCGCAGCAGAAAGAAAAAGUCAGACAGUUUUAUUUAAAACAGCAGAAGAGGAGGGAAGUGCUGGAGCAGAGGGAUCAGGAGAGACUUGCUAAUCUGAGAAGCGUCAUGGAAGAACAGGCGAGGCGAGAUAAAGAGAGGGUGCAGUUUCGGGCAAAUAUGCUACAGCAUCGCAGGCUGGAGAAAGAGGUGCGGGAGCUUGAGCGGCAGAGAGAAGAACAAGAGAGACAGAAUCGUCUGGAAGCUCUUAGAAACCAGGUUGGGGUGGUGGCAGAGGCAGACCCAGAGAGGAUGAUGGCAGACACAGAGGCUUGGAAGAGUCGACACUUGAAUGUAAACGAGUUUGAGCUCCAAAAACCUCUCUACAGUAUAAACACGUACACAGACACACAGAUUGUGUCUGAUCCAAGAGUGCGGGUAGAGCAGGCUCUGCGGGAGGCCGAUCUACACCACAGUCAGUAUGCCAGAGAGGUUCUGUCUGUCAUCAAGCCCCCAAAACCACCUCGAAGAGACACGAGGUCCAUUCUCAAAUUUUGACCCAGCUUUUCUUUGAGUCAUCUUAUGAAGUCACGCUCUUGUCCUGAUAUUGAACAUUAUAUGGCAUGGAAUGAAUUUAAGAAUCUUUUAUAAUCGUCAAUGCUGAGUGCUGCUAAAGCUGCAGUUCUAACAAAGUAGCUUUACAGUAUUGACCACCAAAUGACAGCGCAAUUACAAUUACUGACUUACUUUUAAAGUAGAUUGUAUACAUGAGGAAUGCAUAUAGUAUUUCUGAGUGUUGGCAAAUGUGUACAGUGAACAAAAAAACAAAUCAAUAAUGAAUUACUGACUGCUUUCUGGGGGUUUGAAUUUCCAUUUAAAAAAACUUGUGUGGCAGAAGCUACUAAACGUCCCGGAAUAUUUGGUAAGGCAUUCACUAAAAUACACUGCUGGAGGUUCUAAUCUAAAAGAAAUUAGGGAAUAAUUUUCAUCAGAAAAGCAUGUAAGAAAGUGUUUUUCACUGCUGUCACUUAUAUCUUUCUUUGUAGCAACAACAGAGGAUUAUUUCUCACUCUAAAAUAACUCGAGGCUCCUCAAGGAUCAAUUUUAGGACCACUUAUUGCUUGUAGAGCUAGAAAAAACAAUUCAAAGACUCCAAAUCUCC